UGCUCUGCCCCCUGCACACCAUCCAGAGGCACUGGUGUGAGACAAGAACAGCUAUGCAGUCAGUAGAGCCGCAUUCAGCCACAUCUUGACAGCAACCCUGGCCAUCCCAAACUCUCUUUCUACAGCUUGCAGAAGCCUCUAGGCUGGAGUACCUUCAGAGAGGAACCUGAAGAACGUAAUUGGCCACAAACGCCGCAAAACCAAGAAGGACUGCUUGAGUUUCGGAAAACAGUAUCAGGGGAUGUCAGAAGAAACUUCUAAAUGAGAGAUCCUGAAGUGACCGUGAGACACAAAAGGAUACCGCAAGUUAAUGAAGAGUUGGUGAAAAUCCGACAGACUUCGUUGACUGUUUAUUGACUUGAAGAACGUUUUGGGCAGGUUUUCUUGGAGUGAAUGUUUUAGUAAGGAGAAUUUCUUUGGUCUGAAAUUUCUUGAGGGAAUUGCAACAGGUGUUUUUGAAGUCCUGCAUACCAAGUUGGCAUCCUGAUUGGAGAACUUGAUUGAACUCACCCUAAUUCUACUCUAAAGCAAAAAUUUUAAGUACAGUUAUGGCCAACUCUGGGUUUCAGCUUCUUGGCUACUUUCUUGCUUUGGGUGGAUGGAUUGGAAUCAUCUCCACUACGGUGCUGCCCCAAUGGAAGCAGUCCUCGUACGCAGGGGACGCCAUCAUCAUGGCCGUGGGGUUAUAUGAGGGCCUAUGGAUGUCCUGUGCAUCACAGAGUACAGGCCAGGUGCAAUGCAAGAUCUUUGACUCCUUGCUAUCACUGGAUGUGCACAUUCAGACGUGUCGAGCUCUUAUGGUGAUCUCGGUGCUGAUGGGGUUCAUCGCAAUCAUUGUGAGUGUCAUUGGAAUGAAAUGUACGAAAGUGGGUGACAACAACCCAUCAACCAAGAGCAAAAUCGCCAUCUCCGGUGGGAUACUCUUCCUACUAUCAGGUUUGUGUACGCUAGUGUCUGUGUCCUGGUACGCCACACAGGUGUCCUACCAUUUCUUCGACCCGAAAACGCCAAUUAAUGCCAGGUAUGAGUUUGGCCCCGCCCUCUUUGUAGGAUGGGCAGCUGCCAUCUUAAUGUUGUUGGGUGGCUCGUUCCUCUGUUGCUCCUGCGUAAAUGAGGACAGAAGAGGACAGCAGUUCUACCGGCAAUCUCAGCCCUCUACAGCCAGAGAGGAUGAAUUAUUGAGUGAGACUAGUUUCCCUGACUGACCAACCCUCCCUGCCUUUACUCGAGGACUGUCCAAGCUCCGCUCUCUGUAUCUGUGUACCUUACUCCCACCUAGAAUCCAAAUUUGGACACUUGUCCCUAUGAUUGGACAAUUGUCCUCUCUACACUCUCGUUCCUAAAACCUGUGUGCCUUUUUUUCAACAUCUGAUCAAUAAACGUGUUUGAAAAAUUGUCAACCCCAUUUCUGUUGCGUGCUUGCCCCCAACAUCCACCAAACACCCAACGUAUGUUUGUGACCCCAUAAACCACUUUUGUAAAUAUUUAUUAUUGAAGUAUGUAAGUGACAACACCCUAAAAACAUGGACUGUUUCAUUGCAAUACAUCUGGUACAUAAUGAAUGUCGUUAUUGGUAGAUGACCUUAGGUUAUUUCUCUCUGAUACGAUUUACGUUUUCUUUUUAACUCAAACCUGUUUUGUUUUUCUUUCAAAUUGCAGAGCAAAUGUUAAAAGUUCUCCACCAGACAAAGGCGAGCAGUACUUGUAGUUUGAGAGAGGGCGACUUCGUGGGUCACAAGCUGUUAGAUUUUGGCAACAAACAAGACACUUCUUUUUUGGGGGGGUAAAAAAAGCGAAGAACUCUAUUUAAAACUCUAAAGAAAUAAUUUAGUCAAAAAAGAAAAGCAGUUGGCAUGUUUCCCUGUAAUACAGACAAUUUUCAAUGAUUCAUGAAGCCAAGCAAUGCAUUCCACACAACAUGACUUUGUACUGUAGUAUGUAACCUUCAUAAAAUAAGUUACUUAUUGAUAAGGUUGAGUGAGCCACAACAGUUUUGUCAGAUGGUGUUUGACAAAUAUGUCAUUUUUUUUGUUACAGUUGGAGUUUGUUAUACUUGCCAAAAAACUAUUAUAUCUCAUCUGGAAAGCAUUGAUUCAGGGUAUGUUAUAAUGCAGUUAAUAAUUAUAAUGCAAAUCUUUGACAUGUGCAGUGUAUUAUUGAGCUAUAACUGUAUUUUGACUCACAAAAUGUCUUUUAGUUUGCUAAUGCAAGUUUGUCAAAGAUGUCGUAUGUGAGAUGAAUCGUUUCUUUGUUGUAAAAUCAAAUUAUCAUCUUCUUUAUUCUGUUCAUAAAAUGUAUAGAAAUUAUAAGGGGAUUGUCGCUUUUGAGUUUGCUUUGAGGGAAAACAAGAACAUUCAAAUAGUACAUUAGAAAGAGACCCACAUGCAAUUUAAAUUGCUUAAAAAUGCUUUAGUGCACUUAUGAUGUGUAUUCAACAUGCACUGAAAGGCACUGUUAAUCACAAAUGUUGUCUUUAAAGUGGUUACAGGGUUAACGGCCAGUCAGUAGGAUGUCAUUAGAAAUGUUUUAGUUCACAUUCCACAAAAUUAUUCUACCUAAUAUUCAAGCAUGUAUCAGCUCAUAUGAUGUAUCAUUUUUCUGUUUAUCUGUUUUAAAAUAAAAUAAACUACACAACGUUA